AUGCGGCCACUCGCCAGUGCCGUAGGAUUGGCCGUCUUCCACUUGAACCUGCUCGGACCUGCCGUUAUUGCCGCCGCGGCAGCCUCUUCAACAAAAGAUCCUUCACUGUUCGACGUGGACCACGGUUUUCAUGCUGCAGAUGUGGAGUAUGAAAACGGUCCAUCCGGUCCCGAUGUGGAAGUAGACAGGGAUCUCAUUGGCGAUAUGCCAUAUGGCAUUCGGAUUGAAUCAUGCCAGAACCCAGGUGAGGUGGCCAUCACCUUCGACGACGGGCCGUACGAGUGGACGCGUAACAUCGCGGAGGCCUUUGACGAUGCUGGCUUCAAAGCCACCUUCUUCAUCGCAGGCUUUAACGCCUGGCGCAAGAUCUACGAUACCUCGACGCAGUACCCGAAGCUAGUCAGGGACAUUUAUGCCGCUGGCCACCAGAUUGGGUCGCACACGUGGACGCACAAGAGCUUGGAGAGGGUUGGCAAGGAGAAGCGCAUCCGCCAGAUUCUCGACAACGAGAAGGCGUUCAACAAGGUCCUUGGCGUCAUUCCCACGUACAUGCGCCCUCCGUUUGGCGAAUGCUACGAAGACUGCCAACAAGACUUGAAAAAGCUUGGGUAUCACCUCAUCUGGUGGGAUAUCGAUACCAAAGACUACAUGUACAACUCGGAGGACUCGUACAACGAAGCCAUCGAUAGGUUUGAUGAGGACCUGGACGACGGAGGCUCGAUUGCUCUGUGCCAUGAUAUCAAGUACUACACCGCGCAUAAGCUCGUCCCUCACAUGAUAUCGGAGCUUAAGCGGAGGGAACUUAAGGGCGUUACGGUCGGGCAAUGUCUGGGAGACCCGGAGGAGAACUGGUACCGGCCAGUUCUGAACAACUAG